AUGAAUUAAGAAGAGAAGCAAAAUGAAAAUAAAGAACCAGAAGUGAAGGAUAACGUAGAAGAUUUUGGCAUAAAAGUGUUAUCUGCAGGUUAGAAAUAGAUAUAAAUGUAUUAGAGGAAUAGAAAAAGAUUAUGUUACAAAUAAGUUAAGAAGAAUCAUUCAAUCUAAAAAAUAUAGAGUAAAGAGAAGAUGAUGCUGUCUUUAUAGAGGAUGAACCAGAAAAGGCCUUGGCAAAACUUUUAGCACUUAAUUAAUUAAAUUUUUAAGAGAGGUAAUACAUUGAAUUAUAUUCAUAGAUAAGCUUAUGCUAAACAUUUGGCAGAACUGAUAAUAUUGAUAGGAAAUGAAGCAUAAUAAUAAUUGACAUAGAUUAUAAAUCAAUUAAUUAAUGAUAGUGAUGAAAUGAAGAAAAUCUUGAUUCAUUAACUAAAUUUAUUGUUUGAUUAAAUAGAUGUACAAAAGAUUAAACUACAUAUAUUACCAGCAUUGAUGUAAUUAAUAAAAUAUCAUAAUUUUGACAUUUAAUCCGAUGUUCAAAAAUAGUUAUCUAGAGUGAUUUAGAAAUUGUCUAAAGAAGAAAUAAAAGAUUUGAUACUGAAUGAUAUAGUGCUUAUGAUUCACGAUGAAUCGAAUGAAGAAAAUAAAAUGAUAGCUUUACAAUUUUUUGGUUCUUAUGCUCAUAUUGCCGAUUAAUAAUUUUUAGAGUCAUUCAUUUCAAUUGAAAUAAUAAAUGCAGGUGAGGAUAUUAGUGUUAGAGUAAGAAAAGAAUCAAUUUAAUAAUUACCAUAUAUUGCAAAAUCAGUAAGGCCUGAGUUUUUUGUGUCCAAAAUACUUCCUUAUUAUCUUUAGUACAUCUACCUUUAAAUUAUCUUAAUAGAAAAUCUGAAGAUAAGUCAUCAUGGCAUAUACGCAAAGCUUGUGUAGAAAUAAUUGUGAAAUUAGCUGAUAUAGCUCCUAAAUAAGUAAGAUAGAAUGAAUUGUCUAAUAAAAUGAUUGACUUCCUAAAGUAUUAAAUAGAUUUCUAAAUAGGGACUCAAAUAAGUGGGUGAAAGCAUCGGCAUUCUUUCUUCUGGGAUAAUUCAUUUAUAAAUUACAUGAUUGUAAUUAAAAAAAUGAAUAAUUAUUAAAUGAAUAUUGCAGGUCCAUAAAUAAAGACGUCUGUGAAUAUUUCUCAUCUGAUUAAGAAAUUUAUGAUGCUUGUGCAGCAACUUUCCAUUAAGUGGUUUAAAUAUAUGGAUAAGAGAAGUGGCCUCAUCUAUUUAAACUAUUAUAGGGUCUUGUAAAAAAUAAAGGAGUCAGAAAAGUAUUGGCAGAAAACUUAUAUAUAAUUGCUAAAUCAUGUGGUCCAAGAUAUGCUGAAAAAGAUCUGGUCUCCAUUUUAGAUUCAUUUUUGAAAGAUUUGAAUGAUGAAGUCAAAUAUGCAGCUGCAUAAAAUUUAUGGGAAUUUAUAAGGAUAUUCGAUGAGGAUAAAAGAGAUAAUUUAUUAGAUGUUGUGUUAAUCAUAUAAGUAUUUUAUAUUCUCAAUAUUCACAGAGAGAUCAAAAGAAAUGGAGAAUACGUCACCUUAUUGCUAAGUAAAUUAAGCAUUUGGUUCCUUUAUAUAGUGUAGAUAACAUAUUUCAAAUCAUAGUGCCAAUCACAUUGAAGUUAUGUAAUGAUAUUGUAGCGGUUGUAAGAAAAUAAGCAGCCAAAGAGAUGCAUUCCAUUUUGUAAUCUUUGAAUACAGAGGAUGAAACAAGCCAAAUUUAUUAUUAAUGUUUAAUUGAGAAUAUUAAGGCUUAUGGAAUCAGUCAUCGUUUUAAUCAGAGAUAAGCGUAUAGCUAUUAUUUUUAUUAUCAGAUUUGCAUAUAUGUGUUCAAAAUUGAUCACUCUCAAAGAUUUUGAAUCCACUUUCUUGGAAUAAUUUGUUUCACUCAGUUUAGACCCAGUAAAGAAUGUCAGAAUUACAGUAGCUCUUAUUGUUUAAAAACGAUUUUAAUAAGGUAACCUUGAGAGUAUUAUUCUAGGACAUCUUAAGGAUAAUUAGAAAAUAUAGUAGAUGAUAUAAAAUUUGAAGAGUCAUAAGGAUAGAGAAGUGCUAAUAAUUUUGAACUGA